ACGUCCACCUUUCGAGUCCAGCUCAACUCGGCGUAAUUUCUAGGGUCGUAUUUCACACACAAAAAAAAUCAGAACUCAACACAAUAUCGUUUCUAUAAGUAGCCAGGAUCUCGUUAUAGGGCUUCGCCAUCCGCUCGUUUUGGUUUAGAACUUCAUCCAAAUCAGUAGGUGGCACUGAUGUAGAAAGUGUAAAUGCUUCUCGGUGUAACGCGCAAACGACACCAAGAACAUAAAACGCUGUUUUUUUAUUUUCUGUGUGAAUAUAUAUUAUGAUGAAUAAGAUUUAUUUUGGAACAAGAGGCACAAGGUUAGGUACUUGGCGAGGUUUGAAGCAGUCGGUGGUGGACGCGAGUCUAGCGGGUCGGAAAGAACAAAACCGGAGGCGCCUGCUGGAUACGGUCCCGGUGCGUGAAAUUACCUCGCGAUACAUCAGCCUCGCUGGAGGCGAAGGGAAAAACAACAUAAUUCCUAGGCUUCAGUCAGGAAAAGCGGAAGGAAACGGACUGAAGUUAUUGUCAUCAUAUUUUUUGAUCAAUGGCAAGAAUCUUAAGAUACUUCACCACUGUGGGCGAUGACUACCAGAAAUGGCAAGCCGAAGAUGAGUGUAAUGAAGAUGCCGAUGAAGAAAGUGUUCCUUCCAAAUUCAGUUCUCUCAGGGAUGUUCUUAAGUGGCUUUUUAACUCCAAGAAGUUCCAGAUUGCCAUUGUGUGUUUGGUCAUUUUGGAUGCCCUGUUCGUGCUUUGUGAGUUGCUAAUGGAUUUAUCUAUUGUUAAGGCAGACAAGGAGAAAAUAGCCCCCCAGGUGUUUCACUACCUGAGUAUUACUAUUCUGAUCAUCUUUAUUCUGGAGUUAGCUGGGAAACUGUAUGCCUUCCGCUUAGAAUUUUUCUGGCACAAAUUUGAAGUUCUGGAUGGUGUCAUAGUAAUUGUAUCAUUCGUUCUUGAUAUCGUCUACAUUUCCCGGGAAGAUGCUUUUGAUGGUCUGGGCUUGCUCAUACUACUGCGACUAUGGAGAGUGGCAAGAAUAAUAAAUGGGAUCUUUCUGGCUAUGAAGUCACGGCAAAAGAAGAAAGAAAUUGAACUGAAACGAGCCAACAGCAAUCUCAGUCAGAAAGUGGGUGAGCUGCAGAGUCAGUGCACUGAACUGACACAAGAAGUUGAGAGACUUCGUCGACUGCUCCAGGAACACAGAAUAAACUACCAGAUCAACGAAGAAACUUCUUUAAAGGUGUAUUAAAUGAAGACUGCAAUAAGAAUAGCAGAUGAAAUUACUUUGUAACAGUAUCUUGCAGAUUAUCAACCGAGACUUCCCAGUUUUCCAAAAAAACCAAAUGACCACAAAUUGUUAAUUAACCUUGUAUUUCAAAAUAAACCAAAGACUUGGCAGCGACAGUUUUAUUUAAUUUGUAGUAUUAUCAAACAAUCUAUGUUGACUAGCGGUCUGUUCUUUACAAUGCCAGUGUGUUAUUUCAAUAGAGUCGGCAUUUAGAGCACAGAAGUGGCAAAUGUUCAGCUCAAUUUGUUUUGCCAACUAUGAAGCCAAUGCACACACAAACCCAUACCCCUGUAUUCCUUUCCUAACCAAGUAUCUGUCCUAAUGCCUUUAUAAUUGUAUCUGCCUCUUUCACAUCCUCCUUGUCGCCACUAUAACUAAAAUGACAAUUUAUUUAAAGGGCUAUUUUUAUUUCAAUAACAAGUGAUUUGCACUUUGAUUUGAUUUGGAGUCAAAUGUCCUAUUUUCCCUUUGGUACUUCUGGUAAAUUACCAGAUGUGACUAAAUUUCUGUCCCUGUAAAUAGGGAUGUGUGCUCUCUGCAAAGAAUGACUCAUCCAAGUGCCUUAAAGAUGCAAUUCCUUCUAGGGGAAUAAUUAUCACAGCAGUAAUCAUCCUCUGGUAUUUCAUGUGUAACCUUGAGAUAGUGGAAUUAAUUGCAAGUCAUUGCACCCACAACUGGAUAUUAUUGAGCAGAUCUAGACUUGUAUCUACACUUUCUCAGCAAUGUGGCUCAGUUAUAUAUUUGCAGUUUCCAUGAUGGACUUUAAAGCCCCAAACUGAUUUUAAGCUUUCAAAACAGUCAAAAUUUUUAAAGAGAGUGUAAUUUAGACUCCCUCAGUAUAUUCACUUGGAAAAUCGGUGCCUUUUUCAGGUGUGUGAAAUCCGUCUGUGUACUUUCUCCUUUGGACUCUUGAUGAAGUUUGUUUUCUCAACACUUUGCAGAAAGGGAAGGUGAAGAGCAGAUGUAGAACUUUGCUUUCCAUUUGAAGAGUUGCAUCCCUUUGUUUAGAAAAUAUACUGCUUUCUAGUGAAUGGGUUUCAAAACUAGGCCAU